CUGAAAGUGAAAGCAGAAGCAGCCGGAGGCUCUCUGCACGGCGCACGGGAACAAGGGCUCGGUCCGGACGGUGUCGGGGUUCUGCAGUAUGGAGAUUAUCACAGGCAUCGUUCUCAGCAUUGAUAAAACUUGUUUUGAAAAGCUUGGAAUAUCAAAAAACAUUCUUCACCCUUACAAUGUUGAGGAGCAGAAAUUCAGCUACAAAGUGAGGGGAACCUUUGAAAAGCUGGAUAAACUUGUAAUGGAACUUCAAUCAGUAAACCAUCAUUCCAGUCAUGCCACACAUGGACGGAGUCAGCACAAUGAACGUGCUUCAACUCAUGCUGAAUCUGUGGAUGUAUCUGGGAUUGUUAUGGACUACAUUCAGCAAAAAUGUGAAAAAAAACUUAGAAAAAUUAUAGGAGACAGCUUUUUAAUGGAAAUACAGCCUGACACCAGAGCUGUGCACAGUCAAGUCAGUAGCACUGUACGGGUUACUUUCAGAGCACGGGGUGACUCGAUACACCAAGCUGAGUUUGUCAGACAGAGAUUCAUCACAUUAUACCAGAGAACUGCCUCUGACCUGCACAUCAGAUCUCUCCACGUGAAUCCACAUGACCGUAAUGAUCUGCAGGGAAAAUUUCCAAAUCUCAUUUUUAAACCAAGCGACAAGAACCAUAAACUAACAGUGAUUGGACCUUUCCCAGUCGUAGCUAAAUUCAAAGAGUUUGUGUCUCAACUAAGUUCAACUAAGAGCCCAGUCAACAAAGUUCCAGCUGACGCACGAAGCAGCAGAAUCUCAGGUUCUUCACCUAAACACAGCAAAGAACCCGAAGAGGAAUCUUGCCCAAUCUGUAUGGAAACAAUAGUCACAAAACAAAAGAAGACACUGCGUUGCAAGCACUCAUUUUGCGAAGAGUGUCUGAAGAAAGCUUUUGAAUACAAGCCUGUAUGUCCAACCUGUGGGGAGUUAUAUGGCACUUUAAAGGGGAUACAGCCUGAUGGAGGCACUAUGAAUAUCACCAAAAACUCUUCAUCUCUGCCUGGUUAUGAGAAAUAUGGAACAAUAGUCAUCCAUUAUAACAUUCCAAGUGGUAUUCAAAAGGAGGAGCAUCCCAACCCAGGUCAGCCAUAUGAAGGAACGUCCCGGACAGCCUACCUUCCAGAUUCCUCUGAGGGCAGGAUGGUCCUGAAACUGCUGACUCGAGCCUUUGAGCAGAGACUCAUCUUCACUAUUGGACGGUCCACUACCAGUGGCAGGAACAAUACAGUCACAUGGAAUGAUAUUCACCACAAAACCUCAACACAUGGAGGACCAACUAACUAUGGAUACCCAGAUCCAGAGUAUCUCAGCCGAGUUCAAGAUGAAUUGAAAGUCAAGGGAAUUGAAUGAGUUCUUUUAAUGUUUGUCUCAACAUGACUGCAAAGAAGAUUUACUAAGUUACACAACUACUUUUUGGUUUGUCUUUUUUUUUUUUUGUAACUAAAAAACUUUGAACAGAUGUAACAAAGAAGGAAAGGAACAGCUCAUGAUCUGCAGCAUACCACAUCGUCUCAAAGAGAGUGGGGGCAGACGACCCGGUCACUAGUGUUCAUUAAUGAAAUGACUGCUGAUAGAAGCAGCAGGAUGAGUUCUGAAGCGUGCAGGGUUAUUCUCUGCUCAGAUUCAGCCAAAUGCUGCAAAACUGAUGGGAUGGUGCCCAACGCACACUGGGCUUCUGUAGGAGGUAGAGCAGUCAGAAAGUAGUGAACCCCAAAUUUCUCCUAGUGCAUCCAUCAGAGAGAGAGAGAGUGUGUGUGUAUGACUGAUUAAGCUUAACAAUUAAACAUUUUAUCAAUGUGUGUGAAUGGCCUGUAGUAAAAUGUGCAACAUACGUACCUGUCCAUUUACCAUACUGCAAAAGCAACCCAAGAAUUCCUCAAGGCAAAGAAAUUGGAUUUUCUUCAGUGUCAGUCACCUGAUCUCAACCUGACAGAGCAUUCAUCAACACAAACCUGAAGGCAGAGACCCACAAACAAGCACCAACUGCAGGCAGCUGCAGUAACAGCCAGUGCAGAGUAGAAUGCAUUCCAAACAAAUGACUGUAACCACAUUACAUUUUUCAGUAAUGCAGUAAUGAGUUACUGGACUAAAUUCAAUAAUCACAUUACAGUUACAAUGAUGUUGUUACUUGUGUUGCAAGGGUUCUUGAGUUGUCUGCACACUGGCAGAUAGAAAAAGAAACCUCAAACAUGUCUUUUUCUUUCUGGGAAUUUGUGCUGAUUUUGGUUCAUGUGCAGGGAGAGGAUAUGGCCUUUUAUUUUGAGGAGUGCAGGUUUUGAUUGCACAAAAGUGCAAACUGUUCCCAGGAUAGAAACAACUGAAUUAUAAGCGCAGAUAGCAUGCUAACACAACGUUAAUGAAGAACCCAGAGUGAUGUUAAAGCUGAGUGCGUCCCCACAGCCAAGCAGCCAAAGCCUGAUGAGAGUCGGGCUCGCAGCACUGGAGCCUUCAUUUGUACAGCAGAAUCACUGUGACAAUCACUUUAAAGUCUUUUUGGGCUGGUUCACUACUGCUUUGUACUGUCAACUUUGUGUUCGAACUUAAACACUAAAUGAUUGCGUGGAUCUAAUCAUUAGGACCUAGCUUAGAGCUUUCAGUGAAGCUGUAUUGUGAUGGAUGCAUUUAAUUUUUUCAGUAAGUUACAGUGCAGUAAGUCUAAGCACCUUGAGGCAACUGUUGUGAUUUGGCGCUAUAUAAAUAAAAUUGAAUUGAAUUGCUCUGCAUUUCAAAGUAGUCUGUGUAUUCUGUAUGUAAGUUGUCAGGGGUCCACAGACACUUCUGUGAUCUGUAACUUGAUGAUUCAGGCAUGCCAUUAGGUGGAAACACAGAAUUAGUCCCAUUAUGUUUCCUCCCAUAGAAUAUGGGAGGAAACGCAUCAUUUGGUGAUACCCAUGGGUUCUACACUUUUCAUUAGCAUUUUUAUCCACGUAUUAAAAAGUCCUUUUAUUUAAAUCCAUGUUAAUCUAAUUACUUUUGAUCCUCUCAAAAUGAGGGACUAUGUAUUAAAAAUGUCUGUAAUUCAAUUCAGUUUUAUUUAUAUAGCCCCCAGUUGCCUCAAGGUGCUGUAUAUUGUGAGGUAAAUUCCUAAUCAAUGCAAUGCUAUUGCAAUACUUUUUCAAACCUCUUGGAUUAAAGCUCUGUCAGCCACACACUGACUGUGGUGUACGGAGGAAAAAAUUAUGUCACUGUCCAAAUAUUAAUGGUUCCCAGCACAAUGCAUUGUAAUGAGUUCAUCUUAUUCACGCCACAGUCACUGUAUAUAUUUGUAAUCAAUUUCUGCAUUCCACCAAUUCCGACUGCAUUC